UAAGCCGGGGGUGCUUUUUGCAAUGCCUGGGAGUUUGAUAAGGCAAAAGGAACGUCCCUCUGAUUGUUUUAAAUGGCUCUGGGCGCUUUUGUGUUUCCUAAAAGAGCAUAAAUAAUUAAAGUUUGGCAGGGAGGAAAAGCUUUCUUGCAGAACUGUAGUGGCCAUAAAUGAAAUGACUCAGAAUCGCUUCUCCAGUCAGUUUUUACGAGAGCUGCCAGACAGUGUCUGUUCACGUUCUCCAGAUACUAGGGGCGCCAUAACAAAGUUAAGGUCAAGUUAGUGUCUUAUCUUGGGUGGCACAAAUAUACAGCACCUUCUCUCCGGGCGGACCAGGCAUAUUUUGCUUCUCUCUCUUCCGCCCCCCCCCCCGCUCCGACUCCGUUAUGCCAGCCGUCCUAAUUUUUCACGGAGGCUUCUUUGGAGAUGUCACUCGCAGUGGAAAACCGGCUAGUUCCAGGAGGCAACGACGACAGACCUUGCAAGACGCCGAACGGCCACGACAGCGAGGAAGUGUACGGUGGCGGCGUCGGAGGAGCAGGAGGAGGCGUCGGCGGCGUCGGCGGGGCUGCCCGGUUCCUGCAGGGAGGUCACCAUGCGACCCCCAGGCCAUCCUCAGGUGUGGUGGCCGAGGGCUCGGAUUUCUCCUCCUGCAGCUUCGCGCCCAAGUCGGCCGUCUUCCCAGCCUCGUGGCCCGCCGUGCACCCUCAGCCUCCGGCGCCCAUGCCCGGCAUUUACCACCCUUACAUGCCCCAGCCGCACUUAGGCGGACCGGGCGAGGGCGGCGGAGGCGGCGGAGGCAGAUACGUGCGCUCCUGGAUUGAGCCCUUCGCCUCUUUCCCCAGCAGCCCCGGCAACGGCGGCGGAGGCAACAGCAACGUCUCCGCCGCUAGUGCCGCGGCUGCUGCUGCUGCUGCUGCUGCAGCGGCGACGACCAGCAUCGCCUCCAACGGCGCCGGCGGUGGCUCCUCCAGCGCGCGCCACUACGGGAUCGUCAAGCCGGAGAGCGGGGCAGCCGCCGCCGCCGCCGCCGCCACUGGUCCGGUGGGGCCCUCUCCUUCCUCCUCCUCUGCCACCGUCUCCUCUUCCUCUUCCUCCUCGUCUUGCAGCGCCGAUUCUCCUUCCAAAAGAACUGAGUGCGCGCCGUCUAGGGAGCCCUCGGGGGUCAAUGGGCCCGAGUACACGUGCAAUUCCUUCCUGGCAGAGCCCCGCGAGAAGGCGGCGGCGGCAGCAACAGUGAGCAACGGUUCUUCUCACCCGGUUGCAGCCGCCGUAGCUGCAGCCACCAGCAAUAUCACCACCACCAGCAGCAGCAACGGCAGUACCGCCACCCCGGCCAAGCCAGCGUCUGGUUGCAGCCGCAAUGCCAGCCCCAGCAGCGAUCUGAAGGAGGAGAAGCCUCAGCAGCAACUUGACCCAAAUAACCCCGCCGCGAACUGGAUUCACGCGCGUUCCACCAGGAAAAAGCGUUGCCCUUACACAAAAUUCCAAACUCUGGAACUGGAAAAGGAAUUCCUCUUUAAUAUGUACCUCACCCGCGACCGCCGUUACGAAGUGGCUAGGAUUUUAAACCUGACCGAGAGACAGGUUAAAAUAUGGUUUCAGAACCGAAGAAUGAAAAUGAAAAAGAUGAACAAGGAAAAAGGGAAUAAAGGGGACUAGCGCCUUGAGGGUGUGCGUGCGUGCGUGCGUUUGUGGAAAUGUGCUGGGCUUUCUAUGAAGAUACACACAAAAGUAUCGAUAUUAAUUAUUGUCAUUAUUAAUAUUAUUAUUAUUAUUAUGUUGCCAGGUCCACUGGCUCGAAACUUCCUAUUGAUCCUGGUGGGUUUAUUCUUUAGAUAGCAGUAAUGUGGUCGAUGUCAGGUAUUUUGGAAAGGAAAGGGCUGGGUGUGGAGAAUGUAUUUGGUAAAAGUUGCUUCUUUCCCCGCGCCUCCAGUUUGGUUUUAAGAUAUUGUGAGUGCACGUUAGGUUUUUUUUUGGGGGGGGGAUUUAUCUAAAUACUAAAUACUAAAUGUUUGACACGCUACUUCCAAGUGACCCUAGACUAGAGAGAGAGAGUGUGUGGCGGGGUUGUAAGAAGGGGGGACAGUCGCUUUUCCAAACUGAAGGCAGAGGCGGCGAUGAAGACGAUAAUACUGAAUGACAGCGAGGAUUACCUUGAUGGCAAUAGUGCGUUUACCUCGGACUUUCCAAAAAGGAAAAGCGGGGAGGGGGGAGGACUCCAGACCCUGUGCAUCCCUUUCCUUCUGCAGGUUAUGCUUAGCAAGAGUCUUGCCAGAUCAAGGCUGUGAAAUGUUUUUUUAAAAAAAUAUAAAAUAUUUUUUAUUAUCUCCCCCCUGGCUGCCCGUUUCAUCCUCUCCAGUGCACUGUAUUAAAAGCGGUACUUGAAACAGUAUUAACUUCCACAGGCCCCGCGGCUUAACAGUUCUGAGCACCCGUCCCCAUUGCCCGAGGCCUGGAACUCUACCUAAGGACUUAAUUUUUUAAAUAAUAAUAAUAAUGUAAUUGUCAUAGGUUAUUAUAAUAAAGGCUGAGCUGGUGAAAGAACAGUGGUAAUAAUAAUAAUAAUAAUAAAUUGACUGGGAAGAUGGGGGUUUGCGUGUGCUGGGGAAUAAGAUGUAAUGUGAGUGCAAAGGCGCCCGCGGUUUGCCUUUGACUUCUCUCUGCAAAGUGGAAAUAAACAGACAGCGCCUGACUAUAAACGAAACCGCCGCCCCCUCCAAAGAGAGAGAGAGAGAGAGAAAGAAAA